GCACAAGAACCGGGCCCGCCAGCCAUGAACGCCGCCCAGGCCCCCAAGAGGGUGUCUCAAUAUACAUACGCUCUUCUGCUAUCCAGAUAAUACCUCCUUAUAGAUUGGCAAACACUUUACUAUCUCGCUUCCAGACCUCAAAGUCAUCACCAGGACCUCGUAUUGUAGUUAGCAAGCCAAGACACCAUACUUCAAAUAAGCGAUGUGCUAUCCGCAACCCAGUCAGGAGGAAUUACAGAGACUUAUUGAGAUUUUUUCCGAUGAGCAAGAAACACCACAAGUUCCCGGUCGGCAAAUAACGUGGCAGAACAUAAAACCGGCCCUAGGUUUCAAAGGAUGGUUCUCAAUCCCUGUGAAACAGCCUGAAACGUUGUAUCUGUCGGACGAAGUUUGCUGUAAGAUAUUCCAAGGAAUUGAUACCGUUGAGUUGAUGCUGGCUUCGUCGUGGGAGUCAAAUAACAAAUCAUCAGUUGCGGCAUGGAUCAAUUCGAUUCUACAACCUAUUUUGGCUUUAUUUGAGGGAAAGAUUAAUAGCAAUGCCAACGGCCGCGUUCGAGAAGAUAGAGGAUUAUCGGGGGCUUGCGUAGACUUUACUUACACAGUCCUGGAUCUAUGUAUUGUUGUUGUCGCUCAAUCGAAAUUUGAGGACCCAAAAGAUGACGCUGCCCAACUUAUGUUCGAGCUCAAAGGUGCACAACAAUCAAACAAGUCAAAAGGAUUUCCCCUCAGAACCAUCAACGGCCUACUGUGCUCAAGAGACUCAUGGGAGAUAUGGAGCUGUGAUGUCAAUGGUGAUUGCAGUAGAAGUCAGCCACUUCCAAUGACUAACCACAGCAAGGAUGUCUCCUUGAAAAAUCUCCGGUUUCUUUUUGAAGUUGUCUACCACAUCUUUUUUGAAGCAUACAUAGGUGCUAUUGAGGCUUUAAUAAACCGCAGUGAGAUGCACCUUCCAGCAAAAUCACACCAAUGGCAGGCCUCAUUACACUUAGGCACGGAUGCAUUCAACAUGGCAAGAGUCGCAAAAGACAAUGUUCAAUUCCAUGAAGCUAUCAAGAAACUACAGGAAAGCUUUGAGUUAUUACCUGAUGAGCACGAUCGUGAAUUAGGUGGGUACCUUGAGGCAUUCAAGAGUGCUAUAUCUAAGUGAUCUUGUAUUGCCAUAGCCUUUUUGCUACCACAUUUUCUUUCCUCCACCCUUGCCUUUGAAUGUUUCCCCUUCCUGUCUUCUAUGCACACCUCCUCUGCUUGAUUGAAUGUGUUUUGUUAGGAAAACCACAUGGGUUUUAGUUUACCCAACCAUCCCCAAGCCAUCAAAUCUCAAUUUUUUAUCAGUAUGGUCAAUCUAAUUGAUGUAUGUUAUUGACACUGGUGGUUUCAUUAUGCACUACAUGUGUUGUUUCAAAAUUCUGGGGUUUGAUAACCCCCCCCCCUUGUGCAAACACUACCACACUCCCAUCUCUAA